AUGUUCAAGGACAAAGCAGAACUUGAACUCGCCGCAAGGGAGGUUCUACCUUUUCUUCCCUUCGAUGGCGACGAUCAAGAUGAAAUGAAGACCAAGCAGGGAGCAUACAGCGAGGUUUUUCCCGUGAACAUUCAUUCUUCUCAUCAUGAGUUUUGGACUAGCCACCAUGAGAAGGCAAAGAAGCCAUUAAUAGAGUUUAAGAAGGAGCGUGAUGUCCUAAAAAUCCUCGGCAGUAAAUCCCCACCACAUCCACACCUAAUUCGAUUAUUGGCCACUUAUCGACAAAAGGGGAAAUAUCAUCUCAUAUUUCCAUACGCGGAGAGCAACUUGAGAUCUUACUGGGAACAACGCUCACUGCCCGAAUUUGAUCACGAAACAGUUAUGUGGGCCUUGACACAAAUGUACGGAAUCUCCAAUGCAUUGUUACGACUGCACGAGUUUAAAGUUACAUUUCCACUGAAAGUUGGUGGUGCUGCAAAUGUCCGUGUGAAAACGGAAGAUGAUGGUGAAAUAAGCGUACGUGCAGGCGAAGAAAAGUUCGGUCGUCAUGGCGAUAUCAAGCCGGAAAAUAUACUAUAUUUUUCGAAAGGCCCUGAAGCAAAAGAUCCAGAUUCAAAAUCAGGAAUAAGGCCUUCUGGAAUACUCUCAUCCCCAACCUAUGAGCCUCCUGAAUGUAAGCUUCGCCGCCCGGUAUCUCGAGCUUAUGAUAUUUGGAGUUGUGGAUGUGUGUGGCUCGAAUUCAUUACAUGGCUUGUGAAAGGUAGUGCUGGUAUAGAAGAGUUUGCGGAUUGGAGAGGCAAUAGUGCAGGACUCAAUGACAUUGACGAUGACAAUUUCUUCACCAUCCCACGAGAAUCAAAUAGUUCUUCGGGGGCUACCAUCCGAGCCGGAGUCAUACUAUGGGUUGAGCAAUUGCAUCAGCAUGAGAAAUGCUCCAAACUUAUCCAUGAUCUAUUGAAGCUCAUCAUGAAGGACCUUCUACUCAUUGACGCAGAUGAGCGUGUUAAAGCUAGCGAGUUCCACCAACAAAUGAAGCACUGCUAUCAGAAAGCAACAAGAGAUCCAGACUAUAUGUUGAAGUCAGCCCCUCUAUCACCAAAAGAUUCGAAAGCGACACUUCUCAAAAUACCGCGGCAUGAAGGACUCGGAUCUCAUAUGGCCUCCAGCGACCAAAGAAAUAUAAAUAUCUCGCGGAAUUCCAGUGUAUCUCGCAGUUCUAGAGAUUUAAACCAAAAAUCCAAGAAAACUGUAACUUGGCCGACAGAUCUCACCAAGGGUUGA